AUUGAACUGUCUAUAUUGCAUACAUCUAAAGGAAACACUAGUAUUUGAUAUUUUGAUAAAAUUAAAUUAUGCUUGUAUCAUUACGAGUUUCAACUUAAACUCUUCCGGUUUUCCUUUAAAAAAAGUUAUGGACGAUAUAGUAAUGGCGGGAAAGAAGGAAAAUCGCAUACCAGAAGAGCGAACGUUAGUUGACAGUGAAUUAUCGAAAAAUCUAUAUCUUAUUCUUAUGUUCAUUGAAAAUGGUUCAUACGACGUCGAACAAUGAUAAAAAUGUAAUUAAAAAUGAGGAAAACGAAAGUGUGGAUGUUCUUGAAAGGAAAUCUGUCGUAUACAAAGAUUUGUCUUCUACCUUGGUACAAGAGAUAAGCGAUUACUCGAAACAGUUUGCACAUAUUUAUGCAGCUAGACUUGCAGAACUUGGAGAAGUUUUGACAUCAAGAGUUCAGGCAAAAUGGAACGAUGUUCGACUCUUAAAAUUAGCAGAUUUAGAGGAUUUUGAGGGAGAAACCUGCGUUAUAAUUGGGACGUUAUACAAACAUCAGCAAUGGAAACCAUCAAUUUUACAGGAGCUUAGCGAAGAACAUCAAUUGUCGUUACCAGCUUCAAGAUCUGAUUAUUGUUCUGAAAAGGAUCAGGUAUUCUUAGAAGAUGAAAUGCUACGUAUUAAAUUAGUUGGUAAAUUAGUUGACCUUGAGAGUAUUGUCACUGGCGUAGUUUGUGCGGUAUUAGGAAGCGAAGAGAAGGAUGGUACGUUUCAAGUAAAAGACUGGUGUUUCCCUGGUUGUGUGCCUAAAACUAUAGUAAGUUCAAGUUCAAAUUCAAAUGGAAAGAUCGUCCUAAUAUCUGGAUUAAAUUUUAUUCAAAAUUCGGACGACUUGGCGAUGGAAUUAUUUCGUGAAUGGAUCUGUGGAAUGGCUGGUAAUGUAAAAGCUCAGAAGGAGGAAGCUUCUGUCGUACGGCUUAUCAUAGCAGGCAAUGCUAUUAGCAACAAUGAAAAGGAAUAUAUACAUAAAAACAUGUCAGAGUUAAAAGUAGAAGAGAGUAUACAUGCAAAAGACACUGUCAGUGCAACGCAAAAAUUGGAUGAUUUUCUUUCUGAUAUUGCAAAAUGCUGCUGUGUAACUUUAUUACCAGGCCAAUACGAUCCUACCAAUAGAAUGUUGCCGCAAAGACCGCUCCAUCCUUGUUUGUUACCUAAAUCAUCCAAACUUGGAAGUUUUCAAGGUGGUUCUAAUCCUUGGAUCAGUCAAAUUGACAAACGUAUGAUAAUGGGAUCAAGUGGUCAACCUCUCGAAGAUAUAAAGAAAGCUGCUGGUUCUAAAGAUAUAUCUCCAAUAGAAUGGCUAGAAAAAACUAUUAUUUGGAGACACAUGUGUCCAACUGCACCAGACACAUUACCAGCCUAUCCAUUUUAUAAAAAAGAUUUAUUUAUAAUGAAACAUUGUCCUGACAUAUAUUUCACAGGGAAUGCCGAUAAAUACGAAACGAAAUUGUGGAAAGGCGAGCAGAACCAAGUGAUCAGGCUGAUCUCUAUUCCACAAUUCUCAUCAUCUCAUACUGCUGUUUUAGUAGACCUGGAAAGUCUUGAUACAGAGCUGAUUCAUUUUGGAAUAGAAUGAAUAAGAUUGUUAUAUAUUUCUCCUUUCUUU